AUGUCUUCGCUUGCUCAGGACGUUUUGGUCGGCGGAAGCAUUGUGACUUAUCUUCGUCUCGGAGGAAGACCAACAGUGGGGCUUCUUGUGGCUACACUUUAUGCUCUUUACAGAAUAGGAAUACAGGAUUCUGAUGAUAUUUCAGAAGAAAGACAAGAUCAAAAUGAUAAAGAGAAUGUAAAGGCCUUAAAGAAUCUUAAGAAGAGCACGGGUGAGGAAAAAGGGCAAAAAUUAAGGUAUAUAAAAGUGAACAAUAAGCUCCAACUUGUGAGAGGUUCUGGUCUUGAGGAGGAAGCGAAUGCGCUCAAGAAUACGGUUGCCGUGGAUUUCACAAAGUCAUUUAGUCCGGCGUCCAACACAUCGAAUAUUGAUAGUACUAAAGCUUCUGGAAAACCUAGACGAAGAAAAGGCCCAAAGAUCAUAAGGAAGCAAGAAUUGCCAAAGCGCCUGCCACGUUUAGUGAAAAAUAAUACCAAUCUUCUGGAAUCUAAUAUCUUCAUCUUUUAUUCCUCAUUAACUGGAUCAUCGGAAAGAACUGCAAAAUAUCUCCAUAAUAUGCUUAGCAUAAAUAAAUCUGUGAAAAAUGAGUCAAGAUUGGUUAACAUUGAUGACGAUAUUGAUGAUUUGGAUGAGUACUUUUUGAAUGUUCCUCGUGAUAUUGAUAAUAUCCUCUAUGUUAUGGUUUUGCCAUCCUAUGAAACAGAUUCUCCGAUUGACUUUUUCUUACAGACUUUGGAAGAAAAUGCUAACGAUUUCAGAAUUGACAGUUAUCCUUUGAAAGAAAAGAUUCUUGGUUAUUCCGUGAUUGGGAUUGGUGACCGUGAACAUUAUCCAAAUAAAUUUUGUUAUCAAGCAACUGAAACAGAUAAGUACUUGUUUAAAUUAGGAGCUAGAAGAAUUUUCCCUCUUGGAAAAUUCUGUAUCAAGAAUGAUAAGGAUGAGAAAAUUCGCGAAUGGUGUGAUCUCUAUGUUGAUUCUUUAACUGAUAAUGAUGCAAUGAUAUUGGACGAUAAUGAAUACUUCGAAGAAGAUGAUGAAGAUUAUGAUAUUAAUGGAUCUAAUAGUGAGAGUGAAAAUUCUGGUGAAGGCUCAACAUUAGUAGAUAUCGAAGAAAUGGGAAACAUGAUGCAAAAAUCAAAUAAUGGAAGUGAGACUGAAACUGAGGUGAGAGAAGUGAAAGAAAUGGUUGCCAAAGAUUCCCCAACUUACAAAUCCCUUACAAAGCAAGGUUAUACCGUGGUUGGAUCACAUUCCGGGGUGAAGAUUUGUCGUUGGACCAAGUCUGCCCUUAGAAACCGUGGUUCAUGUUAUAAAUUUGCCUUUUAUGGUAUCCGCUCUCAUUUGUGUAUGGAAACAACCCCAUCAUUGUCAUGUUCUAACAAAUGUGUUUUCUGCUGGAGACACGGGACUAACCCAGUAGGUACCAAUUGGAGAUGGCAAGUAGAUGGACCGGAAGAAAUUUUAAAUGGUGCAAUGGAAGGCCAUUAUAAAAAGAUCAAACAAAUGAGGGGUGUUCCGGGUAUUAAUUCGGAAAGAUUCCAGGAAGCUUUUAGGAUCAGACACUGUGCAUUAUCAUUGGUUGGUGAACCUAUUUUCUAUCCAUAUAUCAAUGAGUUCGUUGGUAUGUUACAUGAAAAGGAAAUUUCCAGUUUCUUGGUAUGUAAUGCCCAACAUCCAGAACAAUUGCGGAAUUUAAAGAAAGUAACACAAUUGUAUGUGUCCAUUGAUGCCCCAACAAAGACAGAUUUAAAGAAGGUUGAUAGACCUUUGUUCAAGGAUUUCUGGGAAAGAUUGAACUCAUGUUUGGAUAUAUUGAAUACUGUCCAAUCCCACCAAAGAACUGUUUUCAGAUUGACCCUUGUCAAGGGUUUCAACAUGAGUGAAGUUGAUAAAUAUGCUGACUUAAUUACAAAAGCCAAUCCAUCAUUGAUUGAAAUUAAGGGCGCUACAUUCUGUGGCUCUUCUUCCGGUAACGGUAACCCAUUAACUAUGCAAAACAUUCCAUUCUACGAAGAAUGUAAAAACUUUGUCAUUGCAUUGAAUGAUGAAUUGGCCAAAAGGAAUGCGACGUAUGGUAUUGCGGCAGAGCAUGCACAUUCAUGUUGUAUCUUGGUUGGUCAUACAAAAUAUAAAAUUGAUGGUAAAUGGCAUACACAUAUCAAUUAUGACAAGUUCUUUGAAUUAUUGAGAACUAAGGGUGAUGACUUUGACGAAAUGGAUUAUGUUAGUGAGACUCCAAGCUGGGCGUACUGGGGAUCUGAAGAGGCUGGUUUCAAUCCUGCUGAUGUGAAAUAUGACAGAAAAGAAGAGAAGUUGAAAAAAAAAUUGGCCAGAGAAAAAGCACAACAGGAAGCCACUCUCAAGGAGAUUGAAAUGAACGCGGUAUCUAUAUAG